AUGAAUUAUAUCAUCAUUUUACUACUCCUUCUCGAUCCAUUUGUCGAUUACGCCAUCGCGAUCUCAUGGCUAGCUUUAAGCCUAUCCAGUUCAAAAAUAGAUCGAUUGCAUCCACAAUGGUCAUGUCGGCAUUUAUAUGGACUCACUCGCAAACAGUUAAGGUUUUGUCGACGUAACAUCGAACAGAUGGAUAGCAUAAGAGCCGGUGCGCAACUUGCUUAUUCCGAAUGUCAACAUCAGUUUCAUCAGAGAAGAUGGAAUUGUUCAAUAAUUAAUCUAAACACAAAGAAAGUUUUUGGUGAUAUGAUUUUAAAUCGUGGUACUCGGGAAGCUGCCUUUGUUCAUGCUAUUUCUUCCGCCGGAAUUGCAUAUCGAAUUACACGGGAUUGUUCUAAAGGACUUAUCGAUAAGUGUGGCUGCGAUAUGAGUGUUUUAAAAAAAACGGAUCAAUUUAACUGGAAUGGAUGUUCGGAUAACGUUCGAUACGGUGUUGCUGUAUCAAGAGCUUUUGCUGAUGCUGCUGAAAGAGGCAAAAAUCAAACUAUUGAACGGAAAAUUAUGAAUUUGCAUAAUAACAAUGCUGGAAGACAGGUGCUGGAGUUAAACACUCGAAAGCAGUGCAAAUGUCAUGGUCUAAGCGGUUCCUGUGAAAUGAAAACAUGUUGGAAAUCAAUGCCAGCAUUUCGGGAAAUUGGAAAGAUAAUCAAAGAUAAAUUUGAUGGUGCAACAGAGGUAGCAAUUGUUGAAGAAGACAAUAAAUCGAUAAUGGUUCGCAAAAAUGUUAAUUUUAGAAGACAUACUAAAGCUGAUCUCGUUUAUCUGGAGUCAUCCCCGGAUUAUUGCGAACCGGAUCCGGAAUAUGGUAUUUUGGGAACACAUGGACGUCUUUGUAACAUUUCCUCACACGGUACUGAUGGCUGUGACUUGAUGUGUUGCUAUCGUGGUUUUGAUACGCAGGUGCGUAAAGUAAUGGAUCGAUGCAAUUGUAAAUUCCAUUAUUGUUGUCGAGUGAUUUGUCAACCGUGUGAAAAAAUUAUUGAGGAGCAUAUUUGCAAAUGA